AGGGAGGAGCCACGCAGCUCACAAAGCAGUUCGGGAAGAUUACGGAGGUGUUGGCGUUGUUCACGAAAAAUAAUGAUUGGACAGAAAACUAUAAACAAUUUCUUUUCCCCUGUGGCUAAGAAAAGGACAUCUUCUCGGCGAAACGAAGGAGAUGCAAGUGACAGCGAAGCUCCACCAAAGAAGGUCAAAGUGGAAGUCGGCAGGGAGUCGGCCACCUGUCAAUCAAAUCCCAGUUCCCGCCCACCGUUGCAAGGGCUGCGAUACAACAACGUACCGCAUGGCUUCGGGGAGAGCUGGAGAAAGGCGCUGAGUGCAGAAUUUGACAAGCCUUAUUUCACAAAUGUGAUGUCCUUCGUUUCAGAAGAAAGGAAGAAGCACAGUGUCUAUCCCCCCACUCACCAGGUUUUUACCUGGACGCAGAUGUGUCCCAUCAGAGAUGUGAAAGUGGUCAUACUCGGUCAAGACCCAUACCAUGGUCCCAACCAGGCACAUGGGCUGUGUUUUAGUGUGCAGAAGUCUGUUCCAUCCCCACCAAGUUUGGUGAACAUGUACAAGGAAUUGGCUACAGAUGUUGAAGGCUUCAAGCACCCUGGACAUGGUGAUCUCACAGGGUGGGCCAAACAAGGUGUCCUGCUUCUCAACGCAGUGCUGACAGUUCGAGCACAUCAGGCAAACUCCCACAAAGAUAAGGGCUGGGAGAAGUUCACUGAUUCUGUAGUGCAGUGGCUCAGCACCAAUCUCCAUGGUCUGGUCUUUAUGCUGUGGGGGUCCUAUGCCCAGAAGAAGGGUGCUACCAUUGACAGGAGACGACACCAUGUUCUGCAGGGGGUUCACCCUUCACCCCUGUCUGCUCACCGUGGUUUCUUCGGAUGCAAACACUUCUCAAAGACCAAUGAGCUGCUAACAAGAUCUGGAAAAAGACCGAUAGACUGGAAGGCCCUCUGAAAAUGCCUGGAAUUAAGGCCGACUGUUACUUCGUCUAAAUAAGCUUUGUUUGUUUUUCUCUAGUAAGUGCGUUGCAAUAAGUUUUGCAUCGUAUAAGCUUGGAGAGCAGUAUUUCACUAAUUUGCUAAAUGGCAUUCUUGCAGGUUUUAAUAUGAGGUCAAAACGAUUGAUACUUUACACUAAAUCAUGUCUCCUGUACUUUACAUAUAUUAAAAUGUUUUAUUCA